AUGUAUCUCUUCGGCUCUCUUCUCCUCGGGCUUGCUUGCCUGACUGAAGCCCUCAGUACUACGAUCCCGGGCCCGCAUGCUAGAGUCACCAGUCGUAGUCCGGGAUGUGGUUCGGCCCCAACCAUUACUUCAGGCGUCAAGUCCCUCACCGUCAACGGCAAACAACGACAGUUCACCAUACGGGUGCCCCAGAACUACCAGAAAGACACGGCAUACAAGGUGAUCAUAGGCCUGCACUGGGUCGGCGGCACGAUGGACCAGGUAGCCGGUGGCGGCACUACCGGAGAGCCGUGGGCCUACUACGGCAUGCAACAGAUGGCCAACGAGAGCGCCAUUCUUGUCGCACCGCAGGGUCUGAACAACGGAUGGGCCAAUGCGGGCGGCGAGGAUAUCCAGUUCAUCGACGCCAUCAACAAGUAUAUCGACUCGGGGCUCUGCGUCGACCAGGCCCAGCGCUUCUCCAUGGGCUUCUCGUACGGCGGCGCCAUGACGUACGCCAUCGCGUGCGCACGGGCAAAGGACUUUCGGGCCGUGGUUGCCAUUGCGGGCGGCCAGCUGUCGGGCUGUAGCGGGGGCAACGACCCGGUUGCCUACUUUGGCAUCCACGGCAUCAGCGACGGAACGCUCAAUGUGGCGGGCGGGCGCAGCAUGCGGGACCGGUUCGUCAGGAACAACGGCUGCGCGUCCAUGUCGGGGGCGCCAGAGCCGCGGGCCGGCAGCAGGACGCACAUAACGACAGCGGCGACGGGGUGUAAGGCGGGAUAUCCGGUGGUGUGGGCAGCGCACGACGGUGGGCACGGGCCGGCGCCGGCUGAUGCUCCGGUGCCGUCGUCAGAUGACGGGCUUAGGACGUGGAUGCCGGCGGCGGUGACGCAGCUCACUGGUCGCGACUUCUCUUGA